AUGGAAGGUAUCGCAGCAAAACGAAAGUCCGCACGAAGCUCUCCCAUCAGUACUAUAAGUGCUGUCAUGGUCUUGAUGAAGCCAAAGAAAUCAACUCAGAAACCGCGCAUUCAUAGCUAUUCCCAACAUGGAUCGAAACAACACUCAUCAGCCUACCUCCUCUCCCUCCCUGAGGAGAGCUUCGCGCAUGUCACUGCAUACCUCGACCCGCUCAGCCUGUACAGACUCUCCCUUACUUGCCGGAGGCUGAGGGACCAUGUCGAGCAAGAUACAGUCUGGCACAGAGCCUUCUUGUGGACUUAUCUGAGCAUAGAGCCAGAAGGUAGAGAAGCGCACCAUGACAAAGCCGAACUGCUGCUUAGACGGCGCGAGAAUACCUGGAAGAAGGAAUAUAUCGCCCGCUGGAUGCUUAUUCGGCGCUUGCAACAUUCACGGAACGCAACUGUGGCUCACAUUCCUACCCACUCGGCAAUCGCAUCGCAUCUCUACUUCCCUUCGACACAAGCUCUGCUCUCUGCUUCUUCGGCCUAUGGAGUCGUUGCGCGAUCUCUCCCCCUCACAGGUCGCGUCCUGAAGGGCUACCUUGACUCACAUGGCACCUUCAAUGGCUUGGGCAUAGGCAAUCCAAAUGCAGAGUUCAGCAUCGAAGUCUCCGCCAUUUGCCUCGGCAAAGAAGGUGAUGCGCAAGAAGGAGCGACUGGACGCAUCCUUUGGGGGUUUAGAAACGGCGACGUAGCUAUCACCCGUGGAGUCAAGCCCGCCGAGGUUGGCCGUGCCGCUCGUCUGAUACGCUCCGCACCAGCAGAUGCCCACAGACAACGAGUAGAAGCACUCGUAAUGGGUCAGAGGGGAAUUGUUGCCAGUGCUGGUGCCGAUGGCAGAGUAAAACUCUGGGAUGGUGCGAGUAGUGGUCACACUCUUCGAUGCCUCUGGGCCAGCGACCCCGCCGCUACUGGAAACGUUAUCGGACCACUGUGCAAAGUGCAGUACGAAGGCUCGUUUGUGAUUGCUGCGUCUACCGGCGGUCAAGUGCUGAUAUGGCACGGAAUCGACCUGCCGACUUUACUCACCGCCAAGAACACGAUUAUGGGCAACAUGCCUCAUAUUAUCCCUCCGCCAGUUGUCACCAGUUCGACCGGGGCGGCACAAGAUGCGGCACAUAUUGAUUCACAGACUACCACGCUUCUGCUCAACGUUAUCUCAUCCGAAGCCGCAUUCAUAUUGGUUCAUUACGGUGAUGCGGAUCACUUUUGGCGCUUCCGUGUCAAUGUCCCUGUUGCCGAGUAUGGGCAACCUCCUGCGAAGAUCAAUAUCGAGUGCACUCAAUUUGCUGGCGGACCAGUUGGCUCCAUCACCGCAAUAGCGGCGUCCUUCAAGCCCGCCUCGUCGUCUACAACACCGGCUGCCCCAUCGCCAGUUGUCCCUUCCCCAGCACCGGAACCGGUGGACACAGAUACGAUGUUCGAAAUGUCUGAUAUUCCUGUUCGCGUACAGCCCCAAAUCUUGCAGAUGGAUAUAGACGCGUUUGCGACCGUGCGCUCUACUAAGGAGCACUCCUUCAUAGUGUCCGGCGAUGUCUUGGGCAGAGUUUGUCUCUGGGAUUGGGAGGCUGACGGCACUCCAGCACCUCGACAAGACCCGUCGAUCCCGAAGCAGGCCCCUUUAGAUGUAACCAUUGUUUCGACGUGGCGGAAAUGGCAAGCCCAUGACGAUGGCGGUGUUUCUGCAUUGAAGCUCCAUGCCGGUCUCCUCAUCACGGGCAGCUCGCAAGGCUCUGUCAAGGUCUGGGAUCCCUUGCCGCCCAUCGACUCGCCACUUCCCCUCCGAGUUCUUCCCUCUCCCUCACCCCGGCCCCACAAUGGCCAGCCGUGGGAAGGAGUUAGCCAGAUUUCCCUCGAAGGCGAUGUGAUCGUCGCAAGUGUCGGAUCGCGGAUCAUCGCAUGGCGUGGAGGUAACAUCGGACGAGACAAAUCCGGACAGGGAAAAGCAAAAGGCAGGAUUUCCAGCAGAGCAGUAAGCGGAAAGUUCGCUCAACAAAUCGAGAUGGAAAGGGACAUCAGAGAUUCCCGUCGGGAACUGGAAGAGGAGCACGACGUAUUCCGCUCGAAGAUUGUUCGGGAACGCGAGCAGCUACAAAAGCUGACCGAGCUCGGACUGGACGAAAUAGGAGCUUUGGAAUACGCUCUUAUGCUUAGCCGCGAUGAAGAAGAGAAGAAGACCAUGACUGGCUUGAAUUCCAGUGAAGAUGACCUAGCGUGGCAGGAGAUAGGUUCGACUUCCCGAGGACGCCCGGCUGAUGAAGCGGAUUCCCCAGACUUCUCCCCCCCUGUUUCGAGAGGUUCAUCGUCCUCGCGGGAAGCUUUCAACAUUGGAAGAGCCGGCGUGUCUGUGUCUCCGGCUGCCCGACACGUGUCGUCGUCGGCUCAUUCGUCUUCAUCUUUUCUGGCAUCGCCACGAUUGGCCGCAUCCCUUACCAACGCCAAGGUCCAAGUUUCCCCUUUGCUAUACCCAGAACCCAUGCAGGCUGGAAAGUCAUACAACCCUGAUCUCAGCGUCAGUCCUCCGAGCUUCUCCCUGGAUUCCUUCAGUCGUGACAGCGUGCCAACAACCCCAAUCAAUUUCCCAUCUCUGCCGCCUUCAUCCCGUGCGUCCGCCCACUCGUCACCACGUCUUAGCCCUGUCGAGGGGACAAUGACGUGGCGCGGUACUGGUAGCUUGGGGCAUGAUAGAGCACACACGAAAGGAUGGAACGUUGUCGCACGCUCUCCUGCUCCGCCGUUGAAUGAGAGUGUCCCUGUUCUCCAGGCCGCGACCGCCCAAAUUAACCCCUCACCGAUCAAACCGAUGGAAGUUCUUAACUCUGGACGGACAUCUCUAUUGAGUGCUCAGCUCGCGUCGUUAACCCCACGCGAUCGCCCACUUCAUUUAGAAGAAGAGGACGAAGUGUUGAGACAUGUUAUGGAGCUGAGCCUUGCUGAGGCACAGAGCCUGGCAAUGGAGGUAUAGAACUCAACAACCCUAUAGAAUUGUCGAUGAGAUGGUUUGUCAUCAUGCUCCGGUACCUGUUUCUUUUUGCCCGUAAUGUCCCUAGAUCAUCAG